AUGGUUCACUGCGCCGGCUGCAAAAGGCCCAUCCUCGACCGCUUCCUCUUGAACGUCUUGGACCGGGCUUGGCACGUCAAAUGCGUCCAGUGCUGUGAAUGUAAAUGCAACCUGACAGAGAAGUGUUUCUCCAGAGAAGGAAAGCUCUACUGUAAAAACGACUUCUUUAGGUGUUUUGGGACCAAGUGCGCUGGCUGUGCGCAGGGCAUCUCCCCCAGCGACCUGGUCAGGCGGGCCAGGAGCAAAGUCUUUCACUUGAACUGUUUCACGUGCAUGAUGUGCAACAAACAGCUCUCCACCGGCGAGGAACUUUAUAUCAUUGACGAAAACAAGUUUGUCUGCAAGGAUGAUUACCUGACCAACAGCACCACGGCCAAAGAGAAUAGCUUGCACUCAGCCACCACCGGCAGCGACCCCAGCCUCUCCCCGGAUUCCCAAGACCCCUGCCAGGACGAUGCCAAGGACUCAGAGAGCGCCAACGUGUCCGAUAAGGAGGUGGGCAGCAACGAGAAUGACGACCAAAACCUGGGGGCCAAGCGGAGAGGGCCCCGCACCACCAUCAAGGCCAAGCAACUGGAGACCCUCAAGGCUGCCUUCGCUGCCACCCCCAAGCCAACCCGGCAUAUCCGGGAGCAGCUAGCCCAGGAGACCGGCCUCAACAUGCGAGUUAUCCAGGUUUGGUUCCAGAACCGGCGCUCCAAGGAAAGGCGCAUGAAGCAACUGAGCGCCCUGGGGGCCCGCCGGCACGCGUUUUUCCGCAGCCCCCGCCGCAUGAGGCCGCUGGUGGACCGUCUGGAGCCGGGCGAGCUGAUCCCAAACGGACCCUUCUCCUUCUAUGGAGAUUACCAGAGCGAAUACUACGGACCUGGGAGCAACUACGAUUUUUUCCCACAAGGACCUCCUUCCUCUCAAGCUCAGACACCGGUUGAUCUCCCCUUUGUGACGUCCUCUGGGCCAUCAGGAACACCUCUCGGGGGCAUGGACCAUCCGUUACCCGGACACCACCCUUCCAGUGAAGCUCAGCGUUUCACAGAUAUCAUGUCUCACCCACCUGGGGACUCACCUAGCCCGGAACCAAACUUACCUGGCUCUUUGCACUCCAUGUCGGCAGAGGUUUUUGGGCCUAGUCCUCCGUUUUCCUCGAUAUCUGUCAAUGGCAGCGCUAAUUACGGCAACCACUUAUCACACCCACCCGAAAUGAACGAGGCCGCAGUAUGGUAGCUUUAAAUGCCAGGACUGGGACUCAGAAGUAAGUGGCCAAUUGACAUUCAUCCUGCUUAUAGUGAGGUGUACAGAAAUGAAUUCAAGCAAAUAGAUUUUUUUUCCAGCCCGUAUAUAUAUAUAUAUAUAUAUAUAUAUAUAUAUAGAUAUAUUUGUUGGGGAUUUUGCCUUUUUUCGUUGUUGUUGUUACCCUUGGGAAUUAACUGAAUUAUUCAUUUCAGAUCAAAACCCAGGGUGAUUUUGUUAUAAACUGGAGGACAAUCUUCAUGAUAUAGAAUCAACAAGGGUUGGGGAGAAAACUAAGGAAAUAAUCUCUUUUUGUACCAAGUGGAAAGAGACACUGGCGAAGCGGAUUCGUUUCAGUACUGCCAUAUAAUAUGGGAUGGCAUAUAUGGAGUGCCGUAUUCAUAGACUAUAACCCUAGAAAAAUCAAGAUUCUCAGAAACAUUUCUCAGACAUGAAAAGGAAUCAAUACUGAAGAAAGGCAAGGCCAACGACAAGAAGAAAAAAAAGCUUCAAGGAAUUCUAGCAUAUUUUUUUUUUAAAGGAUGAUUUUUGGUAUUAUUGAUUUGUUUAAUUUUGCCUCUGAGCGUUCAACAUGAGCCACGACAGACUUUUCAAGCUUCAGAAAUGUCAGGUGGGGCAAAAAAAAAAAGUUGUUUGUUUUGUUGUUCCUUUUGGGAGGGUGGUGUUUUUUUCCUUUCGUUUUGCUUUUGGCCAAAAUAGCAAAUAUUUAAAUGUAAGCCCUCCGCAUCAACUCUUCUACCUUCUCUGAGCGACACGCACCAAUAAUCCUCAAAAGCCAGAAGUCUUUUGUUAGACUUCUACAUAAAAAAAAAACACGCAACACAAAUGACUUGAAAAGAAGCAAACAACAAAGUAUUCUACCUUCACAAAAAUGAAAAAGCUAAACAAACAAAAAUAAUCAUAAAAAGACUCUGUGGAACUAGAAAAAAAAAAGCAGUCAACUGUUUACGUCGAAUGUUAAAUUCAGGAGCGCAAUGUUUUACCUUUUAAAAUAAAUCCUGUUUCAGAACCUCUUGUUCAAAAGCAAAGUAUUUUGAGCAAUCAACCAAAAUAGUUUAUCCUUUUCUUUCCUUUCUCCCCUCCCAUUUCCAUAGUUGUUAUAUAAGACAUUACAGGGCUUGUGUUUCACCGUCCUAGUUUGUUAAAGUUGCGUUUACACAGAAGGCAAAGAAUAAAACCUAUAAAAUCAAACAGUUGCCAAAUAAAACAAUUCUAUAGCACAAAAUACUCUUUGGGGAUGUUGUACCCGCAGCCCGGGGGGGGGGAUAAAAAAACAUUUUAAAACAAGUGUGACAAGGUUACGGGGGGGGGGGAAUUGAACAUCGUUGCUAAUGUUUAGUCCUGUUCAACAUUAAUGGAAUUGUUAAUAUGACUUAUAUAGACCCACACAGGUUUUAUUUUUGUGUCUUUAAAAGAAAAAAAGUCCAAAAUAUUUAAAUUUUAUGGUCAAAUAUGCAGUCUGCAGCUGCGACUUUUUUUCUCCUUUAUAUAAUGAAUUUCUCAUGUCUUUUAUUGUUCAAAUAAACCUAAGCUUGUGUGACCUCCAGUGCAUAUUAGACCAUUCACUGUAUGAAAGGGGGAGGGAGCUGGAUUUAAAAAAAUUGUGAAUUUUUAAUAAAACUAGAAAAUCUGAUGUUUAGAUAACCUGUGUUUCAUUCAGUGCUUUAAAAAAAAGAUUUAUGACAUGCGGGUUCAGGGGGAUGGAUAACUUGUCACACAUUAA